AAUGCUUUUUACCUUCUUCGACGCGCGGAAGUCAGCGAAUCCAACACUCGAUGCCACAUUCUCCAUAGGCGGUUAUGUGACUAGGAAAGCGGUGCCCAGGCACAUAGUAGCUGUUGUGAGAGGUGACCAGCUUGCAGGUACAGGAUCUAAUAAUGUACAAGUAUAA